AUGACGGUUCUCCCCUAUAUUGACACUUCAGAGCCGAGACAACCGCCGGGAGCCGCACUGGCCUACAUUUUCACACCGUGUUUACACAAUAUGAAAGAGGAACAGCACCAGGGACGUUUCUUUUGCCAUUGCCGGAUGCUGCGGACCGUGUGAGACGGUCACGGUACGAUACGGCACCGAGGUUUUUCACAGGUUGAGGAUUCCGCUUUUGUCACCGAGCGGAGAAGCCGGAGUAAAAAAGUGAAUUCUAUAGUGUUAGAGUCAAGUGUUUGCGGGAAACAUAUGAUCGCACUAAAAGGACAAACAGGCGGCUCCGUUUAAGUCCUGCUUAAAGACCAACAUCCGACCACAAUGACACUUCUAUCGUCUGCUGGUGGAAGUUGACGCUCAGACCCGGACAACAGGCUGUGUGUGAGGAGGAAGACCCCCCUCCCUGUCUUGCACGUUUUGACAGAUAACCAAUCAAAUCGGUUACUUAAAGCCCGUGCUCUUAUGUCAGCGACCUAUAUCUCCUGCGUGUGCGCCGAGAGCCCACUGUAAGCUCACCACCUCACCAGACAGCAUGGGGAUCAACGGGCUAGACAAUCAGCCGUCGGGAGGAGUGUGCAGGACGGAGGAGCCGACUGCAGAUCCCCACACGGAGCGGAGAGAUGCUCCACAAGACGCAGACCAGGCUGUGGGCACCGUGCAGCUGAUCGAGGCCGGUUGCAAGCCGCCCGUGUCCUCGCAGUCCCCGGCUCCUGAUGCGGAGGUGGCGGGGAUGCACGGACAAGGAGCCGGAUUUGUCCCACCCGAGGGGGGCUUCGGAUGGAUGGUGGUGUUCGCUGCGACCUGGUGCAACGGCUCGAUCUUUGGGAUUCAAAACUCCUUCGGCAUCCUGCACAUGAUGCUGGUGAAGGAACACGCAGACCCAGACGACAAGACGUCUCAGUUCAAAGUGGCCUGGGUCGGGGCCUUGGCUAUGGGCAUGAUCUUCUUCUGUUCACCUGUGGUCAGCAUGUUCACUGACCACUUUGGCUGUAGGAAGACAGCUGUCAGUGGGGCAACGCUGGCUUUCCUAGGGUUGCUCACCACAUCUUUUGCAAACUCCCUUAGCCUUCGUUAUUUCACAUACGGCAUACUGUUUGGCUGCGGAUCCUCCUUUGCGUUCCAGCCCUCACUGGUUAUCCUUGGCCACUAUUUUCGACGGCGACUCGGCCUGGCCAAUGGCAUGGUGACAGCAGGUGCCAGCCUCUUCUCCAUGGGCAUUCCAGUGUUACUCAACAAGGUGGUGGAGCCUCUGGGCCUCAGCAGGACCUUCCAGAUCCUCAGUCUCUUCAUGCUGGUCCAGGCCCUGCUGGCGCUGACGUUCAAACCUUUACUGCCUGCUGGAGGAGGCAUGGGACCACCAGGCAUGGGACCUGGCGCUGCUGAGCCCCAAACCCAGUCAUGGGCUUCUGCUCAGGAUGGGAGCAGGUGGAGCAGGGUUCUUGCUGGGCUGAGAAAAUACUUCAACCUGCGAGUGUUUCACAUCGUAACAUAUCGGCUGUGGGCGUUUGGAAUUGCUACGGCAGUUUUUGGCUACUUUGUGCCAUAUGUACAUCUGAUGAACUUUGUGAAGGAGGAGUUCAAGGACACUGAGAGGGAUUGGGUUCUCUUGGUGUGCAUAGGAGCCUCAUCUGGUGUGGGGCGUCUUGCUUUUGGGAAGAUUGGAGACCUCCUUCCUAGCCUUACGAAGAUCUACAUGCAGGUGGCGUCCUUCACAGUAAUGGGCCUGAUGUCGAUAAUGAUUCCUCAGUGUUCAGUGUUUGAGGGGCUGGCAGUUGUGUGUGUGAUCUUGGGCCUGUGCGACGGCUGCGUUCUCACCAUGAUGGCCCCCAUAGCCUUCGAGCUGGUCGGGCCCAUGCAGGCAUCGCAGGCCAUUGGCUACCUCCUCGGCCUGAUGUCUGUUCCCAUGACAGCAGGUCCACCCAUUGCUGGUCUACUACAUGAUUACUUUGGGAACUACACAGUAGCCUUCUCCCUGGCUGGGGUGCCUCCUAUGGUGGGGGCCGUGGUGCUGUUCUUUGUGCCCCUGAUGCACUCGAGGCGCCAGCGGAGCCAGGCUGCGGCAUCGGCCGAGGAGACGUCCACGACUGCCCACAUGUUGCCCGCUGUUCCGCAAGCGGCGGAGCCCAAGAGCUGCUCCAACGGAGACAUGCUCCCUGGCUACACUGACGUGGAGACACACAUCUGAGUCGCGCCGUACAAAGGGAUUCAGCCCACCAGCACCUUUUCUCAUUCUAAGAAUGCCCUCCUCCCACCCCGUGCUUUCAACCAUGGACUUGUGAUUGCCGACCUUUAACCUCACCCAGCCCUCUUUGGCUGUUAAUAAUUUCCAUGCAGAGAAAAGUCAAAAAACGCCACUGCUGGCUACCUGCUGCAGAGAGGACAAAAAAAAAGCGGACACACCUGGGUUGGACGACGGCCACGUUUGAGGAUAAGCACAACACACUCAACUAGGAUUGUUUUAGUCAGUGUGGACUCUGUACUAAUAUAUACAUUCUUUACCUCCAAGAGGAAAAAAAUGAAGAGAAUUUAACUGACAGGGGCAGUUUCUUAAUUUAUAGCCUUUAUGGUUAUAUAAAUAUACAAACUACCCCCUUUAGUAAUAUAAAGAACAGUCACGUGUAUGACUAAAAUGAUUCUUCUUUGUUUUUUAGAUUCCAUAAAAAACUAAUUUAGAGGAAUAUAAAAUAAGAACUAGUGAAGGGAAAACUUCAGCAUUUCUUUAUGUAGUACCUCACGCAUCUAAUUUUUAACGUGCAGUUUAGCUUUACUCCACUGUUUUCUGCCGAGCCAGCUGCAAGGGGAUCACGCGUAGAAGAGAUCACACUCAAUCACACUCAUUUCAACUGCACGCUGUCGUUCGACAAAUCAGCCAGUCUGCUUUGAACGGGAGAGAUGUACGUGACUGUGAGCAGGUGUUGAUUUCUCCUCUCCCGCACAGUUUCGAUAUACAUAGGUCAGUAGCUUUGCAACUCGUAGCAGGUCAUCACAACUUUAAGGUGCGACGCGAGGGCUGAAACUACAUGGUCGGGCUUGACGUUGAGCUUUUGUUGUUUUUAAGAUUUGAACUCUACACUUUUAUUGGCUUUUUUUUCUUAAACUUUAGCAGGGGGAUAGACAAAUCCGCAUACACUGUUUGUUAUGACUUUUAGAUACAAUUCACUAGUGGCUUUGUAGUGUGCACACUGUAUCACUGUUAAAGUGAGGCAUGGGAUCAUGUAGUUCUGAUGGGGAGUGUAAUGGUGGUCAAUAGUGACAGAUGUUCAUCAUGUUAACACAAAGUGUUUUUCUGUCCCCCCUCCAAACUUCCCUUUGUGUGAAUGAGUGUGUGUGUGUCAUGUGAUAUGAAGCUCAUAUGUUACAGUCUGUUGAUAAGAGGGGAUUCAAACUACCAAAUGGCCCGUUUCCUCAUGAGGGCACCUCACCGAAUUCGUUUGCUGCUGUAGUUUAGUCUCGAAACACGCGGGCAUCGCUCGACUGUGUUAGCAGACGGAAAACACGAAAACUCUGUUUCAUAAACACGGACCACUUACCUCUGCACUCUUAGAUUACAAUUUCCUUUGAACCAGUGAGACGUCAGCUGUAAUGAACAGAUGUGAAGUUGCUAUAACUGACGUAUGCGUUACUGACGAGGAGAGCGUGGAGCGGGGGGGGGGGAAGGAAGGUAUUCCUCCUUUUUGCUGGUUUCCCCCUUGUUGUGGUCACUGGCAAUUAUUUUUUUUUACCCGUGUCGCCACAAUUUCCGAGCCGAACAACUGCACAAACCUCACUGAUGAGUGUAGUGUUUUUUUGUUGUUGUCGCAUAGGACUGUAAUGCUAUCUUCUGAAUAGAAAAUAUACACUUAUACCUCAAUAAUCAAUCAAUCCUCAGCAGUUCCGCUGAACGUGUUGACAUUCCUCAUUAACUUCCUCGUGGUUUGCUGUUGCAGUCUGAAUCUCAACAGUGCAUCGCUGCCGAUUGCCUGUCGUCAUGUUCUUUUCCUCCAGAACCUCAUAAAUGUCAAACUUCCAUUCCUCGUGAUCCGGCACUCAGAUCGUGGUCAAUCUUUUCUUUGAUUUAUUCUUCUCUAAUAUCACUCGUUUUGCCUUCAUAUUAAUUUUCCUCCGUAGUUUUUGAUCCUUGUCCUCUCUGCUGUCUGUUACCUCUUCCUAGGAGACUGCUAGUUAUUAUUUGCUGUCGUGUGCGUGUCCUUAUUGCAGCCUUUUUUCAGGACUGUGAUUCAAAAAUGCAGUUUUAUAAAAUGUCUAAUAUUCCUAGAGUAGACACUCGCAGCGGCUAAACGCGUGAAAGCAAAAGCACGGGCCUCUAAUUUCGUCGACGCAGUGUCGGAUUCACUUUUGCCGCACAUUAUUUACAGGUCCUAUUAUGACACACAAAAACCAUAGGGGGGUAAUUCAAAAUGACGGCUGCUGAUCUACCAGUUAUAUAAGCUAACCAAUGUUUUAAAUUGUGAUCACAAAUUCACUCGAUCAUGUUUUAUCGGAUUUGCCAUUUUGGAGUUUUUAUUUGUCAUCAAAAUUCAAAAUUUCAGAGUCAACCAUUGCCCUAAAUCUGAUUCUUUUUUUAAAGAAAAAGGUGAUUAUUUACAGCAACUUUAUGUUUAGAUAAAUAGGUCAAAUUUGGCACAUUUGCUCAUAUUCGGUUACACUGUUAUUUACCCCGGUAAACGUUUCGUGUCAUUGACAAGUUGCACUAGUUUGCUUCGGCCGAUGUCGCUAAAGUCUCGGAAUCUGUUUCUCUACGUCAACACACGAGUCAAACCUCGAGCAGCCUCAUCAGAGGACUUAAGUCUUUUGCUUUACACCAGCUGCAAAAGGCCUGGUUGUGUUUCAACAAAGUUUAUUAGAAUUAUUUUAUGUUUUUAACUGUGAACCAAUACCUUUUUUUUCUGUUUCUUUUUUUUCCCUCCCCAUUUCUGUUUUGUACUGAACUUGUCACAUUUUUACCGCCACUGUUGUUUUUCCACAACACACUUUAAAGAGACUCGAAAGGAUUAAACGUAAGACAUGUGAGUCACGGUAAUAAUAACCUCAGUUUGGAAGCAAAACAGAUUUGCCUUACAGAUAUGGAUACAAAAUACGUGUCGCAAGAUUUGAGUGGGAGGGGAAAAAAACAAAGCCUAUAAGCCGAGGUGAUUUUAUUUUCUCUGAUCUUUUUCUCGGUCUUCAUUGUCGUCUUUUUCUGUGUAGGAACUUUUUUUUUUUUUUCCUCACUUGUUUCAGCCUCGCUCAGAUUCUGGUCAGAACCAGCCGAGCGUUCCAUUUUAUUAAACGACUGUAGGACGACGUGUAUCAGCAUAUGUUCAUUAUACUCUUUUGGACGUUUGUUUCAUUAAUCAUAAACUGUGUUAUUUGUUUUUAAUGAUUGCUUUUUUUUUUGUCUUUGUAUUUUUUUGUUUUUUAAAUGAUACAAUUCAAUGACUACUGGAAAAAAUGAAUUGUUCACUAGCUCAUUAUUGUUGCUUCUCUCUGAGGUCUUAAUGUGUCGCGCUCUAAAUAAUUUGUUUGCCUGGAACUUCUUUUCAUUUUUCCUCCUGUAGCACACAGAGAGCUGUAGCCUGAACGGCUAAAUGUACUUCUACUACGAUCACUACUACUUAUCGUUGAUUACAAUGUGAAAGUGUUUGAACAGGUGUGUACUCGCUGACAAUCAAAGUGCAGAAAAGCUUCACAGUUCCCCUCUGGGUUCUCCUGGUGUUUGCUUGUGAUGUUCAGGUGCCGAGCUCGGAGACUCGUGAAAGCACGUCGAGAACAGCUCCACAUUAAAUCCCAAUUGACACCAGACUAAAGUUUCCUGGUUGUUGCAUUCGUGUUUGUACGUGCGUCCGAAACACGUGCAAACUGCACGUCGUGUGUUAUCACAUGGUUCAUUUUUUACUCUAUAGGAGAGACUUUAAUACUUUAUAUUUAUUAAAUAUCACCAUUUUGGCCACAAUCAUUCAAAUCUGAAUGUCAUAUUUUAGCACUUUAUAUAAAAAAAAAAUAUAUAUAUUUUAUUUAGUCAGUUUCUUUCCCCUAAACAAAGAUGUUUUGAUGAAUAUGGUAAAUUGAAGAAUUUUUUGUAAAUGUCUGACGCCCACGUCUGGCCCCCCGUCGGGCCGCCACCCACGCUUUGGGAAGCACUGCAUCAUUUUGUCUGAGAUUAACUCAAAUUUCCUGCUGAUGCCUGUUAUUCAUUUGCCAUAAAUCAGAACCUGCUGCUUCCCCGGUCAUUAGAUUUUCCACUGGCAGGGAAAAAAAGAAAAAAAGAAAAAGAGACUCCCAACUUAAAGUGUGACAUGGAGCGCUGUUGUUUUUGCUCCGCUGCGUGCCAUAUCCGCUGCUCCUCUGACCUCGGCCUCUGCGUACGUACGCCACGCUUCUCCUCAGCCUGAAACCACACGAACAUGCGAUUUCCUGGUGUCUGUGCGUUUAUGAGACGUCACUUGCGAAACGUCAACACUCUAAAGACGCUCUAUGCUCCAUCUCCAUCCUCGCUGUGGUUUUGGCUCCGUUCCCAGUACCACUCAUCACUUUUUAAAAAAAAUGUAAUGUAACAUUGUUAGUGUGCUUGGUUACACCUGAAUAAUGUAUAGACCUUCAUAUCCUUUUGCCGGAAACCUUUGUAUUAUUCAUGCUUCUUUUUAAUUCUCUUGACUAUAGGCACUGUGUUUCUUAGCCAUAUUAUCUUCUAACUUUUGCAGGUGAUGUAUUCUCAUUUGUAUCAGACUUGCAUACUUGGAGUAUUUCUGUGAGUAUUUCUAAUUUCUAACAAGGCCAGUGGCAUCACAAUAUCUGAAUUUAAGUCAUGCUGCUAGAAAAUCUUUAUUUAAUCUGUGUUUUUUGUUUUUUUUUCAAAGUCAUUUUGAAUCUUUAUCAAGAAAAAAAAAAAGGCACAUUUGUUUUUCUAUUAGCGACAUUAAAAAGGAUGUUCAAACCAAAACAACCCAUGCAGUCACUGCCAGUAUCUCCUUUUGUUGUUCAUGUGUUUUCAGGCCUCAACCUUUCCCUCAUGAGACGCCACAGGUGCUCAGGUGGUUUUUAGACACACAAUUAUGUUGAGAUUAACCCCAGACUCCUUUAAAAUGCAUAAAGACACGGCCAUUCAAAACAGAAGUAUAAUACACACCGCCGCAGCUGUUCAGGGACACGCUGAAUGUGUCAUCUACUUAGCGCCACAGCAACACAGUUUGCUCAGACGUCCAGUCCUCUCAUGACUCCCUGUUGCACGUCAGCGUCUCACAGCCAGGCAGACAGUAACAUUAACUCACUCCCGUCCAAGCUGCAGAACCCUUUAUAUACAUUUACAUACAGGGAAAUAUUUGACAUGUGACAAAGAGAAAGAAAGAAUACGUCGCUUGUUGUCUAGACUGGCUCGAAGCCUGAAGCCACAGUUCAAUAAGCAUUUAUCACCCAUGAAAAAUGAUCUUUAACUGGGGCAAAAAACAUUAGACAUUCAGUUCUUGACUUUAUCUAAAUGAUCGGAUACUGCAGAGAGAAUAAGUGCCUGUGUUUUAAAAUCACUGCAGUACGUUCAUUAAGAACUUGUGUCACCUAUUGUAUUACGACUUUAUUCAUCGGCCCUUGAUGAACUGCUAAUUUUAGUUUGGACCCCAGUGAUUAUGAUUGUUUACAGGUGUCUAUGGUGUUUUUUUUUUUUUAGAUCUGAUCAUUUGUUAUUGUUCAAUAAAAGUUACUCAUUG